AGAUUAAAUUGCCAUUACAAACCGAAGAGGAAGAAGCCCUCGUCAUGGACUGUGAUGAGUGGAAAUGAUCAUUACACAUGUAUUGUGUAUGUAAGAGUAGCUAUGCAUAAAUAAACCCAGUAUAAUUAGAUUAUUACACGGCGUUGUUAUUUUAUUAGCAUGUGCAUGGUUCUGUAAAGACGUUUUCUUGUUUAUAAUGAGUUGUGUGAAGUGACGAGUGCUUCUGAGUUUUGUUCUGGUCAGCAUGAUAUGAGAUAAGGCUAUGGAAGAAGUGAGAAAUUGUUUGAGAGACUUCCCAAAAGAAGCUCGAGAGCUUUAUCUGAAUGAGUCAGUACCAUAUUUGGAUGGGCCGCUCUCCCCUCUACAGUUCUAUCGGGACUGGAUCAGCUCCAAUAAGCCCUGUAUUAUUCGCAAUGCCUUCAAUGACUGGCCUGCUUUGUCUAAAUGGAACCCCACCUAUCUCAGGCAGGUUGUUGGCUCGAAGCUCAUCAGUGUUGCUGUUACACCAAACGGCUAUGCAGACGCUGUUAAUGGAGGUCGCUUCGUGAUGCCUGAAGAGCGCCAGAUGACUUUCUCAGCCCUGCUGGACAUUAUAGAGGGCAAAGAAAAGAGCAGUGGUGUGUACUACGUGCAGAAACAGUGCUCAAAUCUGACUGAGGAACUGCCAGAGCUCACAGGAGACGUACAGACUCACAUCCCCUGGAUGAGCGACGCACUGGGAAAAAUGCCUGAUGCUGUGAACUUCUGGUUGGGAGAGGAGCAUGCAGUCACAUCUAUGCACAAAGACCCCUAUGAGAACCUCUACUGUGUCAUCUCUGGAGAGAAGACAUUUAUUCUACUCCCUCCCACUGAUCGACCCUUUAUACCAUAUGAACUGUACCAGCCUGCUACAUACAAACAGAAGCAAGAUGGCCGCUUUGAAAUAGUGGAUGAAGAGCAUUCAGAAAAAGUGCCUUGGAUUCCUCUGGAUCCUCUAAAUCCAGACCUGGAACGCUUUCCCUCCUACAGCCAGGCCCAGCCGCUGUGCUGUACAGUGAAAGCAGGAGAGAUGCUUUACCUCCCCUCACUCUGGUUCCACCAUGUCCGCCAGUCUCAUGGAUGCAUAGCAGUGAAUUUCUGGUAUGAUAUGGAUUAUGAUAUCAAGUACAAUUACUUUCAACUGGUGGAAUCUCUAGCCAGAGUUGUAGGUUCACUCUGAAGCUCUGACCUCGUGAAAAAAUCAUCCCCAAAGUGUGAACACAGUGGGCACAGAGCAGGAAUACACUCUGAAUAGGACAAGAGUGCAUUACAAGGCACCCCGCACACACCUUAAUUACAUAGGGGUCAUUUAAGGUCACCAAUCCAGCUAGUGUUUUUUUGGAGAUAGGAGGAAACUGGAGAACCCAGAAGAAACCCACACAGACAUGAGAACAUGCAAGUCUCCAUACACACAGUAUCCUGAGCCCAGAAUUGAAUCCCAGACCCUGAGCUGAGAUGGCAAUGAUAACGGCUGUACAUGAACACACCAACUUCAGCUCCUAAUCCACUGCACAAAGUGUUACUCAUCAAAUAUUACAAUAUUGAAUUCAUUGUUGUUAAACAGUCUGAGAAGGAAUUGCUGAUCCAUACAGAACAAAUAACCAGAGUUUGUGUGUAAUAAAUACAGGUUUAUUAACUA